UCAGCUAUCAGCAAGAUCGAUAUAUUUUGAAUAAUGUCAGGUUCUUCAGAAAUAAAUUUAAAACAGAGUUUAAGGAAAAUUGACUAUCCCUUAUGUGCUAAAGAAGCCUUAAAUAAAAUAGUUGAACUAAUAUGCAGUCGAAUAACAUCUAUAAAAAACAUGGAUUUAUCAUUGGAUCUUAUGGCAGAAUUUAUUUUUUAUGAGGUGGAUCGAAGAGGACACAAGAGAGGACAUCCAUUAACUGCUCUUUUGGAAUUACAACUCAUCGAAAUAUUGUAUGAAUACUUUAAUGGAAUAUCCAAUGAAACUGCAAGGAAUACUCUUUUUCUCUCAUUAUUUAGUGGCACCACUGCCAGUAUGAGAUUAGGUAUACUUAGUAAAUUAGUGUCUGUUUCAAUUGGGAUUCCGUCACCAGCCAUCCUAUCAUCAGCUAGUGCUUGGAUGCAACAGUUAGGAAAUACAUCACAAAAUUGCUGUAAACUGGCAGAGUCGCUGAUUCAAGAUUACUUUUAUUACUAUAAUUUCAACACUUGUCGAAUAAAGGAACUGCCACAUAUAUCUCCUCAAUUUACUGCAAAUUUUAUGACAGCGAUUGCAGAAAACUAUUUCAAUACAUCGAAAAAAGAGCUGCUAUUUCCACAAAAAGUAUUAUUGGAUACCAUCACUUAUUGGAUAACGACAAAUUGUGGUUUAUGUACAGCGGCACAACAAAAACAAGCUAUUCUACCACCUGGAGCAAUUGCUAUGGAAGCAACAACCCCAAUAUCAGGUUUAUUAAAGUGGUGUAUAUUGUCUCCCAUUUAUAAACAAGAUAACCCGUCCUACAAUGACCUCCAUUUAGCUUUGCUUAGUGGCAUUAUGGAAAUACCAAGGGUUUUGCCUCCUAAAGCAGUUUAUGCCCAACAUCUCACCAUUACCAUCAAUCCGAUUUUGAGUUACGUUAAUGACUUGAGGAAUAAACAGGAACUGAAGUUGGAUCAAAUUUUGAAUGAAGAUUCGUUACAACUAUCAUUAGAUAGAUUUGCUCAAGCUAUACAGGUUAUAUAUUCUGCCAAUGCUGUUUAUGGACAUUUGGAUGAUCUUUUUCAUCAACUGAAGCUUUUGCCAUUUAAUAAAUUAAUGAGUAUUGUUAUAAACACAUAUAAAAAAAAUAAAGUUAUCAUUCUGUAAAAA